AUGCAUAAUGAUAAUGGAAGACCUAAUGCUAAAAAAGGUUCAACCAAAUUUGGUAAAAAAUAUUGUACUAUAUUACUAUACCUUUUAAAGUCACUCAUUGAAUCAUACGAAUAUGAACAAGUAUAUAUUCCUAAAAUUCUUGAAGGGUUACAUAAUCUUGUUCCUGCUAUAAAUGAUUAUUUUAAUCUUGUACCAACAGUUGAAAGACAAAUUGAAGAAUCUGAAUUAACUUUUAUUUUAUAUGAGUCUUUUGUUUUGCCUAAUAAAGAACAAGUAAAGGCUACAAAAAAUUUUCACAAUGAACUAAUGUUCAGUAAUGUUUCUAUUUAUAUGGACCUUGAAGAGGAUGAAUUUGAAACGUUUGAUGGAUUUUGCUUUGCAAAA